AUGGCAGAGCUUUGCUUGGUGGCUUCACAUGGCUCCCAUCCUGGAAGUAGUGAUACCAUUCAAGAACCAAUCAUAAUUAUAGAUGUGUAUUCUGCCACCCUUAGAUCAGAUAAAGAUCUAUAUGAUGCCUCAGGAUUGAACUUGGCAAGCAAGGUCCCCCUCAAAUCCAUCAAGAGCCCAGAUGGUGAUACAAUUGAUUGUGUCGAUAUCUAUCAUCAACCGGCAUUUGAUCAUCCUUUGCUCAAGAAUCAUACCAUAUUCAUGAGGCCUUCUUAUAUCCCAAUACUAGAUGGUGAGAGCAAGAUGUUCAAUUUCACUACCGAUAGUCAGGAGGAUUCAGAACAAGUUACUCAGCCAUGGCAGUUGAAUGGGGAGUGCCCUGAUGGAACUAUUCCUAUCAUAAGAACCAAGAAACAAAAUUUCCUGAGAGCAAGCUCUAUCAAAAGUAUUCCUCAUCAAUUCUCAGCUCAUACACAAAUUACCAACGGAGUAAAUCAUGAGCAUGCGGUUGCAUAUGUUCGAAAUGAUAUUUUUUAUGGAGCAACGGCAACUAUAAACGCAUGGAAACCCCAAGUUCAGAGCCGUGAUGAACAUAGCUUGGCUGGGAUUUGGAUUACAGGAGGCUUCUAUGGUUUACCAGCCAACGGCAUUCAAGCUGGUUGGAUGGUCUCCCCAGGUAUAUUUGGAGAUAGCAACGCAAGACUUUUUACUUACUGGACUAGAGACAGUUAUAAUUCUUCAGGAUGCUACAACUUGCAUUGCUCUGGCUUUGUCCAAGUUUCCAAAAGAUUAGCUUUGGGAGCAGCAAUCCAUCCCACCUCAACCUACCAUGGUUCUCAGUAUAUUAUCACCAUAUCGAUGUGGAAGGACCAAAAAACAGAUGCAUGGUGGCUUGCAUUCGGGAAAUAUACUCAUAUUGGUUACUGGCCUGCUUCUUUAUUCACGACCCUUGCUGCAACAGCCACGGGGAUCCAAUGGGGUGGAGAAGUGAUAAGCAGGAGCAAAAUGGGGCAACACACAACAACUCAAAUGGGCAGUGGCCAUUUUGCUGAAGAAGGGUUUCGAGGGGCAAGUUACUUCAGGGAUCUUCGUGUGCUCGAUAACAACAACGUUGUAAACCCUCCUGAUGAGCUUGGGAACGCUGCUGAUAGCCAGAAUUGCUAUAAUAUUAAAGUUGGACAUUCGAAGACUUGGGGAGAUUUCUUCUACUAUGGAGGACCAGGGAAAAAUCCUAAAUGUCCAUGA